UAUAAAGUUGUCCGAGACAUCAGGUCUUGGUUUCUUCAACAGCAGAUGUCGUUGUGAGACAGACCUAGUGCUCCUGCAGCGGCAGAGGUGUCUACAGUCAAUGCAACUACCAGCCAUGCAGCUAGACAGAUUACCGAUGGUGUUUCUGAUGUCUCACAUGGCCUUACACAUGUUUGUACGAGGCGAUGCCACCACCUCCCUCCAUCUUCUCCUACAGGAGUUCUACGACUGGCGGCUGGAGGAUUCGCCCGAGUUCGCCACCUACUCUGGCACAUAUCGCUUUAACGACAGGCUGCAGGCGUUCAGUCUCGCCCGAAUGGACGAAAGAAAAGAAAUAGCAGACAUGUUUAAAGAGGAUUUAGAAACUAUUGAUGCUUCAGAGCUGUGUAAGACGGACAGGAUAAAUUACCGCAUCUUGAAGGAUGUGCUUGAGACCUACCUGGAAGGCUACAGAUGGAGGAGAUAUGGGUCAAUCAAUCCUUUGAACUUCCUGGAGGGAAUACACGUGGACCCAGUUCACCACGUGGAGGCCACGCCUUUCUUCACACGAGGCGACUAUGAAAACUUCCUUGUCAGACUUGAGAAUACCCCAUUGCAAUUAGCUGAAUAUCAGGACCUGUAUCGAACAGCGAUCGGAAUCAACCAUACCAUGCACAAUGUCUCCGUUAUUCGAGUACCUGCACAAAUAGAACGACUGCUUGUCCGCCCGGAGGAAUCGCCAUUUUAUGAACCUUUUACAGGUCUUCUAGACGAAUUCCCCUUUUCUGACACUGCCAAAAAGGACCUACGAGACAGAGCAUAUUCGUUAAUUCAAGGAUUACUUGGGGCAUUCCAAGACAUGAAGACAUUCCUGGAAACAGACUAUUUCCCCCGGACUAGGCAGGGGUGGGGAGUGGGAUCACUUGAUGAUGGCCAGAAUUAUUACAAGGCGUGUCUCCAAUGGCAUCUGUCGACAGCCAUGAGUCCAGAGACCGUUUAUCAGAUAGGACUUCAAGAGGUGGAGAGGAUCGGUGGGCUGAUGCGGAAGAUUGUGAAGAAGCAGAACUUCAAAGGGUCAAUUACUGAGUACUUUGCUUUUCUCAGGAACAAUACCUCCCUGCAUACAGAUUCAGCGGAGGAGCUCUUAGAGGGAUAUAACAGGUUGAUCAAUGAAAGAAUAAACCCUAAACUCCACGAGGUCUUCAACCACUUACCGGAUUUACCUGUCAAGGUGGAGCCCAUGCCGUAUGACGGCCCAGCCGGGGAAUACCAGUCAGGGUCGGAGGAUGGAUCCCGCCCAGGGAUCUUCAAGGUCAAUGUAAAUAGACCCCACGAAAUAGGGAAGUAUAUCAUGGUGCCCAUCACACUGCACGAGUCUGUGCCCGGCCACCACUUACAGAUCAGUUACGCAUUAAAGGCUAAUCUGCCCGACUUCCGGCGCAACACCGAGUACUUCCGGUAUUAUGAGGUGCCCUUCCACUUCCCCUUCUACACAGCCUACAGGGAGGGCUGGGCGCUGUAUGCAGAAUCACUCGGGGAGGAGCUCAACUUAUACCAAAACGACUACGAACUGAUGGGGCGCUACAGUUCUGAGAUCUUCCGAGCAUGUAGACUAGUGGUGGACACAGGCCUACACUACUACGGGUGGAACCGCGAGGAGGCUAUCCAGUACAUGCUGAAUUACACAUCCUUCUCCAGGGCGGAAAUGACGACAGAGAUUGACAGAUACAUCACAUGGCCAGGGCAGGCAUGUGCAUACAAGAUUGGCGAAAUCAAAAUAAAAGAGUUACGGAAGAGAGCACAGGAUGCUUUAGGUGAGCUGUUUGACAUUCGGGACUUCCACUCCGUGGUGCUGGAGAACGGCCCCAUGCCUCUCACUAUCUUGGAGGAGAUCGUGGACGACUGGAUCCUCCACUACAGGCCCUCCACCGUGGAGGAGACGUGCACAGACGCCGCACACACGCAGCACGUCUCUGUUCUUAUGUCUCUGUGUCUCAUCACUCUCAGUUUAUCUUAGUGACAAAAAUGUGCUCUCAAUACGAUCAUGCGCUCAGGCUCAUCCUACGAGAUCAAUUACUGAAGUUUAAAAACGAUGCUCAGAAAGAAAUAUCUUACCCACCGCUAGCUAUAUAGGAACAUCUAACAGAACAAAAGGUUCAUUCACGUGUAGAUUCCCACCUGACGAAAAAUACUUCUUUGCUAUAAUAGCCGUUGUUUUUAAAAUACCACUGGCCUUCCUAGCCUAAAUAUUAAUUUUCUUCUUUGCGAUUAUAUAGAGACUGGAUGGAAAGAAUGGUUACGCGGUUGAUAUAACAAUUGUCCUUGAGGGAAAAGGUUUUACCUGGUUCAAAUAGACAGACUUGACGCACUGUAAUAUUAACGACUACGGCGUGAAACCUUCUUUAGUAACUUAGUGUAUACCACAAUCCGCAAGGGGUGCGUUUCCAUCUCUUGUCUGCGUGUUCAACCCACACAGUUAUGGCUUCAAAUUUGUUACGGCUUAUUUCGCAGUUCAAUCAGGUAUGUUUUGUUUGUCAGUCCACUGCCAUGUAGACGGGCCCUCGAUUUCCACAUUGGUACACUAUGUUAAGGUUCAUUCUUUGUGUCCCCUGCCAUGAUGUUUCUGGAAUACUGCUGAAAGCAUUGUACCAAUGUCCACUCGCUACGCUGUGCAUCAACAAGUAGUUUCAACAAUAUUGACACACUCAAGAAAAACGUGACUUUAUACCAUUAUGCUUAUUCGCUCACGCACUCAUCGUCCAGGAUUGUGGACAGAUGUCCCCCUGCAAGUACUGCCUGACAUCGUACUCCUAACCCCAAUAUAACCUGUUGUGUGCCGAAGAUGGUACAUGAUGUACUUAUCUUUACUGGCCGGCCACAUGUGCUGGUGUCAUUGUUAACAUUGAUGCGAUCGUAAAACGCCAAACACGACCGGAGUGCUGAAGAUAACAAUUCUCUUGGAAUCCUGAGAUUUGUAAAUAUACAAGUCACUGAUGAUAAUUUAUCAUUGAUAAAGUUAUUUUUAUACAAA